UUAUCUCAGGAAAUCAUCCAAUCACAGUUCGAUUAAGCGCAACCAAAGCUCUCUGUAAAUUAUAUUUCUUUUCUUUGUUUUCUCCUCUGUUCUUUCUUGAUUUGAAUUCAAGCUUCGUUAAUGGAGGCCAAGACUGAAGGAAAGGCCAUUGGUAUCGACUUGGGUACUACUUACAGCUGCGUGGGUGUAUGGCAAAAUGAUCGGGUCGAGAUCAUCGCCAACGAUCAGGGCAACCGAACUACUCCUUCUUAUGUUGCCUUCACAGAUACAGAAAGGUUGAUCGGUGAUGCAGCCAAGAACCAGGUUGCAAUGAACCCCUCCAACACCGUCUUCGAUGCAAAGCGUCUUAUUGGGCGACGAUUCUCAGACCCUUCUGUGCAGAGCGACAUGAAGCUCUGGCCCUUCAAGGUUAUUCCUGGACCUGGUGAUAAGCCCAUGAUCGAGGUGACCUACAAAGGCGAAAAGAAGCAAUUUGCAGCUGAGGAGAUUUCUUCAAUGGUGUUGAUCAAGAUGAAGGAAAUCGCAGAGGCUUAUUUGGGUCACUCUGUGAAGAACGCAGUCAUCACUGUUCCUGCUUACUUCAAUGAUUCGCAGAGGCAGGCCACCAAGGACGCUGGAGCAAUUUCAGGGCUUAAUGUGAUGAGGAUAAUUAAUGAGCCCACUGCAGCUGCGAUUGCUUAUGGAUUGGACAAGAAGGCGUCCAGGUCUGGCGAGCAGAACGUUCUAAUUUUCGAUCUUGGAGGUGGAACCUUUGAUGUAUCUCUGUUAACGAUCGAAGAAGGUAUUUUUGAGGUGAAGGCUACCGCCGGAAACACCCAUCUUGGUGGCGAAGACUUCGAUAACCGCCUCGUCAACCACUUUGCUGCAGAGUUCAAGAGAAAACACAAGAAGGACAUCAGCGGCAACGCCAGGGCUUUGAGGCGGUUAAGGACUGCCUGUGAGAGGGCUAAGCGGACUCUGUCUUCGACAACCCAGACAACCAUUGAAAUUGAUUCUCUCUACGAAGGUAUCGACUUCUAUGCUACCAUUACAAGAGCUCGAUUUGAAGAGUUGAACAUGGAUUUGUUCAGGAAGUGUAUGGAUCCAGUCGAGAAGUGUCUCCGAGACUCGAAAAUG